AUGUUCUCGCUCUUCCUCGUAUUUUCCCUGCUCUUGUCAUGCAACCCUGUACUCGCAAACACCGAAAUCGUCAACUUUGGCGUUGUUGAAGACCACCUGCCGCUCACCAUACCCGCCAGCGAAACGUGGCCGGUUCUCCGCCCGAAUAACAGCGAAACGAGAUGGGAAAUACGACCUGCAGAGCUAGGAACGCAUCUGCAGUCCAUCUGCGAGCCGCUGCACGAAGGGUGCCCGCACGAAUCCUGGUUCGCGCUCGACCUGGACGCGCCUCCUUGGGAGAGAUACGACAAGUUCACGUUCCGGAUAUCCUACGCUGCUUUUAACCCAGCAGACUUUCAGAUAAACAUCCAUACUCUGCCCGAGACGACCACAUCACCCCGUCGAAAAUACGCACGCGUCCGCGCAGUCGACACCGGCGUCCUCACCCCCAAACCCGGCUACCUAUCCACCACCGACGCUGCGAUACCCGACUCCGACUUGAUACCAAUAAUCAUAGUCCUCGAACCUCUCCUGCUCGACGCCGUCCCCGCCUCGCUCGCGCCCGUCGUCGGCUUCCUCGCGUUCUUAAUCGCAUGCGGAAUAGGCGCCACCAGCAUCGCCUGGCCACACCUUUCAGCGCUGGCAACGCAAGCGCACUGCGAACUGUCGGACGGCGUACAGCAAGAGGACAAAAAACGCCAAUAG